CACUGGCAGUUACUCACUUCGUUUUGCACGCUUAUUCGUGAAAAUGGCGGCGGAAAAUUGCAAAAGAUGAUAAUAAAUAAAAUAAUCAAAAAAACAAAAAAAAAAAAAAUAAUCAAAAUAAAGCGGACCUAAUAUACUUGCAGUGCCCAAAACAAACAACCGCCCGCCUAAGUCGUUACCCUAUUGUGUGUAUAUGUGCCUGUGAGCGUGUGCGUGUGGCGUGUGUUCGAAGAUGAAAAUUUAAUCUAAAAGAAACUAAAGGAAAAACGAAAAUCUUGUAACAAACCGAGAAAAGUUGACACACACAAAGCAGAUCAGCAGCAUUGGCUGCGACAAGGACGCGGACGAGGUGAAGCAAUCAUCAUCAGUAGCCUCUCCACACAGACACACAGACAAAUAUAGAGCCAGCAGAGCACCCACUUUGGAGGUGAUUACAGAAGUUAGUGUUAGUGUGUGUGUGUUUGUGUUUUGUGAUUGUGUGCGUGUAUGUAUAUGUAUGUGUGCGGGGAGGAGAGCCCUCAGAACCAACAAUUUGUUAAUUCUGCCUUGCAGCAUGCCCCAAAUUGCAACGUCCAGCUGCCAGCACUGCAACAACAACAAUAAUAACAACAACAGCUGCAACAUGAUGGCACCACAUAGAAGUUGAGAACAGAAAACGAAAUCUUGGCGGUCAACUUCCAGUUUAAGCAGGUUUAGCUUUCUCCCAAGCAAGCAAAACGCCUCUGCCUUAGAUCCUUCAUUAGGAUAUCCAAGCGCAUCAUGAACUCAAGCCAGACGGCAGCAGCCGGUAAUCGCAUCACAUUCACAACCACCAACAGCCAACCUAUGCCCAAUGGCUCUAUCAAUAUAGCUGCUGGAGGUCAAACGAAUCCUACAAUCAUAUCUACAUCCCAGUUGCCAAAUACCACCACCAUAAAGACCAUACAGGCAGCAGGUGGUGCACAGGCUGGACAUCCUGCUCUGCAUCAUCAUCAGCAACAUCAACAACAACAACAACAACAACAGCAGCAGCAACAACAACAAACGCAAUCCGUAGGUGCCACCCAAACUCAAACCUUAGUUAUUAAAUCCAAUCACCAUGCUGUUGUCACCCUGCCGGCGGGUCUAGUAUCAAGUGCACCAGCAGCAGGAAUCGUAACAAUGACCAAGACCAUCAAUCAGGCCGGUCAACCGUUGCUAAACUCCAUGCUGCCCGCGGGUGUUGUAGUGGGCAUGCGCCCACAGGCUCCUCAGCCUCAACAGCCAAAAGCCGUACCCGCCAAUCCACUCGGUCGAGUGGUGAUAAGCAAUUCUCAUAUGGCUGGCGUGAGACCACAAAGUCCAUCGAUAACUUUAAGCACACUUAAUACAGGACAAACUCCGGCACUUUUAGUGAAAACGGAUAAUGGAUUUCAAUUGUUGCGCAUGGGUACGGCCACAACGACGGGUCCGCCCACUGUUACACAGACCAUAACACAGACCAAUAGCAACAACAACAACAAUAGUAAUACAACAACCACAUCAAAUCAUCCCACAACCACACAGAUACGUCUACAAACUGUGCCGGCUGCAGCUGUAAGUAGAUAUGGACAACAACAAUCACAACAACAACAGCAACAACAACAACUACAGCAACAAUCACAGCAGCAACAACAAUCAUCACAGCAACAAGCAUCAAGCACUAGCCUAGCACUGCGCAAAACGAUUGUCCGUAGUACUAGUAGUUGUUCUUCUUCUUCAUCCACAAUCCUCCCAUCCGGCAAUCAAAAUAUUAAUAAUAACAACAAUAUUAAUAAUAAUACAAAUAAUAAUACCACCAACACCACCUCAACCACCACCACCACUAGCAACAACAACAGCAACAACAAACCCGCUACUAACCAACAGCAGCAGCAGCAACAACAGCAACACCAGAAGCUACAACAGCAACUUAAACAGCAACAGCAGCAGCAGCAACAAAAACAGGCAGCAGCCGCCGCCGCUGCUGCCGCUGCAGCUGCUGCCAAUGUGGCAGCCACAAUUAAAAUCAAGCAGAAUUCACUGACCAGCACCACCGCCUCCAACAACAUUAUAGUCAAUUCGGUGGCCAGCAGUAAUGCGCAUGGUGGAUAUGCCACAACGACUGUCUCACAGCCGCCACACUUGACGCAAUUAAAUUCGCAGGCGCCGCAUUUGCCACAGAUCACACAAAUCCAAACAAUUCCUGCCCAGCCACAAAGCCAACAGCAGCAGCAAUCGAAUAGUCUGCCAGCUGGUGGAGCCUCAACGGGUGCCACAGGAGCGGGCACAACGACGACAACCACAACGACGGCUCAACAGGGGAAUACCAAAGAGAAGUGUCGAAAAUUUCUAGCAAAUUUAAUUGAAUUAUCAACACGAGAACCCAAGCCAGUGGAGAAGAAUGUCCGUACGCUCAUUCAGGAGCUAGUUAAUGCCAAUGUAGAGCCAGAGGAAUUUUGUGAUCGCCUGGAGCGUUUGCUCAAUGCCAGUCCGCAGCCAUGUCUAAUUGGUUUCCUUAAGAAAAGUCUGCCUCUGCUGCGCCAGGCUCUCUACACCAAGGAGCUGGUCAUUGAAGGCAUCAAACCACCACCACAGCAUGUCUUGGGUCUGGCUGGCUUAUCGCAGCAGUUGCCUAAAAUUCAAGCGCAAAUCCGUCCAAUUGGCCCUAGCCAAACAACAACCAUUGGACAGACACAGGUGCGCAUGAUAACGCCAAAUGCUUUAGGCGCGCCGAGACCCACAAUUGGCCAUACAACGAUAUCGAAACAGCCACCUAACAUCCGACUACCGAAUGCACCCCGCCUGGUCAAUACGGGGGCCAUCAGGGGUCAGUUGCCUGCACUGCAAGUUCCCACACAGGCGAAUAUUGUGCAAAUUCGAGGGCCUCAGCAUGCUCAGCUACAGCGCACCGGUUCGGUACAAAUCCGGGCAACGCCACGUCCACCGAAUAGCACACAGCCCACGAACAAACUCACUGCCGUCAAGGUGGGCCAGACGCAGAUUAAGGCAAUACAAACGCCCAGUUUGCAUCCGCCAUCGCUGGCCGCCAUAUCGAACAGUGGGCCCCCGCCCACGCCUACAUUGUCGGUGCUGUCGACAUUAAAUUCAGCAUCGACCACAUCGUUACCGAUUCCGUCGCUGCCCACAGUACUGCUGCCGCCGGAGGCAUUAAGGGCCCGGGAGCAAAUGCACAAUUCGUUGCAUCACAAUAACAAUAACAAUCAUUUCGAGGCGAAGCUGGUGGAGAUUAAGGCACCAGUGCCCCAUAUGGAACGCAUUAAUGCCUCAUUGACGCCCAUAUCGGCCAAGGCCAUGCCCAAGGCAUCGCCGGCGGCCACUAAAGCGGCGAGUAAAAAGAAACGUGAUGCCCUCGACAAAGAUUCCAAGGAUGAAAUGAGUAGGGCCGGCGGCGGUGGAAGCGGUAGUGCAGGUCUAGGUGGCAGUGGCAGUGGUGCAUCAGCAGCGGCGGCGGCCAAUUCAUUUUUCCAACAGAGCUCCAUGUCCUCAUCGAUGUAUGGCGAUGAUGAUAUCAACGAUGUCGCUGCCAUGGGUGGCGUCAAUUUGGCCGAAGAGUCGCAAAGAAUACUCGGCUGUACCGAGAACAUUGGCACCCAAAUUCGUUCCUGCAAAGAUGAGGUCUUUCUCAAUUUACCUGCGCUUCAGGCGCGUAUACGAGCACUUACCACAGAAGCUGGCCUGGAGGAGCCAUCUCAGGAUGUGGCUGUUCUCAUAUCGCAUGCCUGCCAAGAGCGACUGAAGAAUAUUGUGGAGAAAUUGGCUGUGAUAGCGGAACACCGCAUAGAUGUCAUCAAGUUGGAUCCACGUUAUGAGCCAGCGAAAGAUGUCCGCGGUCAAAUCAAAUUUCUGGAGGAGCUGGACAAGGCCGAACAGAAGCGACACGAGGAAGUUGAGCGUGAAAUGCUUCUCAGGGCAGCCAAAUCGAGAUCACGUGUCGAGGACCCUGAACAGGCCAAAAUGAAAGCGAGGGCGAAGGAAAUGCAGCGUGCCGAAAUGGAAGAACUGCGUCAGCGGGAUGCCAAUUUGACCGCAUUGCAGGCCAUUGGACCUAGGAAAAAGCUUAAACUAGAUAGCGAUGCGACAAGUGCGGGAGUGGGUUCUGGCGGUGGAGGCAGAGGCAGCGGGAUGUUAAGCAGCUCUGGCUCGGCAUCGACCACACUGCGACCGCGAAUUAAACGCGUCAAUUUGCGUGAUAUGCUCUUCUACAUGGAGCAGGAGCGUGAGUUUUGUCGGAGCUCGAUGCUGUUCAAGACUUACCUCAAGUGAUUGCUGCUGCUGCAGGCGACGCUGUUCAUUCAUCAAUUGAAGCAAACGAUCAUCAUCUCUCCAUCCUCAACACCAAGACCAGAUCCUCUACCCACCAUCACCACCACCACCACCAUUACCUCUCCCACCACCCAUCUCUCCCAAUAUGGACACUCAUGCCCAAUCAUUUUGCAAUAAUAAUUUAGCCCUCUCAUUUGUUGUUUUAUUAUUAUUAUUACUACUACUCCUACUAUUACCACAUUUUUUUUUCUUCUUUUAGUUAGGCGACCAACACUACAACCCCAAGUUAUAACCAUCCUACACCAUCCCAUUCCCUUUCCCCUAUUUAAACUAAAGAUAUAUAUAUAUAUAUAAACAUACAAACUAAAUUCUAAUCACAUUUGACUUUAAGCUUAAUUUAAAUUGAAAAGGAGAAAAGCAAAGAAGAAUGGACAGAAUAGAACAGAGAAGUGAAGAGUAGAAAAGCUCGUUUUUCCAAUAACAAAAACUUAAACCAAACCAAUCCAAAAACAAAACUCAAUUCGCAGAGAGAAGAGUCAGGCGAUAAUUGAAUUUUGUGUAAUUUGUAAAAAAAAGUAAUAAUAAUAAUAAUUGCAUUCAUUUGCAUUGACGGCCUUAUCUAAAACGAUAUAAACAAUUAAUUAAAGUAGUUUGUUAAACAGAAAACAAAAAGAAAGAAACAAAUGUAACAGAAAACUAAAUCUUAAUUCUUUUAGCCAAGUAAGAGAUACAAAAUGAGAGAGACGAUGGAAGAAAGAUGCAGUAAAACAAAAAAAAAGAAGAAACUUACUAAGAAAAUUAAGGAAAGAGAAAUCAAGUAACUGUAAAUGGUUUUUAAAACCAUAGGCAACAACAACCAGAAGAACGUGAGAGAAAUAGAAAUGAUGAAAAUGCGAUAGGAGCGGAUCAGAGCCGAAGUAAAAAGAGAAAUAUCCAUAUUAAACCCACAUAUACAUUGAAUUAGUUGUAGUUGUUUCAAAAAUACAAAAACAAAAAACUUGUAUAAAGUGUAGCAGUAAGCUUUUUUUCUAUUAGUUAACUUAGGUAAACAACAACAAAAAUGCAACGUAAUUAACAAAUUUCACUUCACAAAAUAAAAAAACCAACAAUGAGAAAGAGCAGAAAUAUAAAUGUCGGUAAAAGCAAGCCCAAA